CUCCAGGCCCUUCAUCCAGCCUCCAUGACGAAUUACGAAUCGGCCUCGUCGGCUUCCUUCGCGCUGCCCUCUCGGUGCGGAAGUGUUGUCCUCCAGCAGCAGCAGCAGAGCCAGAGCUGCACUGUGUGGAUAAACACUACGCUAGUUCUGUAGCAGGGUCUCUCACCUCCUCGUCUCUACUGCCCGGACUUGUCAGCACUCAGCUCGGCUGUGCAGCAUAGCAGUAUUAUGCGAGCACCGUCCGGAGUGAGGGAGCACCGUGUGAAGUGAGUUUCCUUGAAUCAUCUAUAUGGGCCAUCUUCUCUCGAAAAAUGGUUACCGCCUGAAGAAGAGGACUCGUAAGUUGCAUCACAGGAAGAAGAAGAAGAGGAACUGUUUCCUGCAGCUGCCCUGCAUGCUCUGCUUCAUCGUCCACAGCAACAGCAGCGGUCUUGACGACGAAGGUGACCAUUUGGAGGCCGGCAUCAACGGCAGUGCGUGCCGUCACAACAGCAUCACCGGGAUCAGUGUUCCUGGUGUGGGUGGCGUUGGCAUCGGAGCAGCAGCUGCCUCGAAGCUUGCCGAGCGAUACGCAACACUCACAUCUCCUGAAGACUGCUCCAAGUUCCUGCUGUCUCCGCGGGAGCUGGCUAUCUGGGAGGGCCAAGGAAGGAGCCUCUUAUCAGCUGUUCCUGCCAAACUGAUUCCACCACCCGCGCUAUUCAGAUCCGCUGGGGUGUCUGUGAACAUUCCCCUACCUGUGCCUGGCAGCACCAGUGACCACACUGAGAUGGUGUGUAAGAGGAAGUGCUCAGAGGUGCAGAGGUGCACCCCCUGUAAGCAGCCGCGCUGCGCCUUCGCCGCCCCUGACGGAGUGCUGGAGAACGGGGGAGUGGGAGGAGGAGGUGGAGGAGAGGCCGCCUCAAACUCUGAAACUGGCCACUGCCACCUCCCCACCUGUCCACUCCCCUCCUCCUCCACUUCUUCUUCCUCUGCCUCCUCCUCUUCCUCCUCACCUGCUGAUGGCUGCUGCGGGUUGGGUCUUCAUGCUGAUCUGCCGCACAGCUCAGACUCGUCCCCCUGCUGCUUGCAGCAUUAUGACGACUGCCAGGCGAGAAGUUCUGACGCCACUGAUCACUCAAGUAUCAACCACCUGCCUUCCUCCAUCCUGCUUAAGGUGCUCUCUCACUUGACAGUGAAGGAGCGCUGUCUGUGUGCCUCUCUGGUGUGUAAGUACUGGAGGGACCUCUGCUUGGACUUCCAGUUCUGGAAGCAAAUCGAUCUCAGUGGCCUACAACAAGUAAAUGAUGAUCUCCUGGUGAAGAUAGCGUCACGAAGGCAGAAUGUGACAGAGAUUAACAUCUCUGACUGCAGAGGUGUCCAUGACCACGGCGUGUCCUCCCUGGCCUCACACUGCCCAGGCCUGCAGAAGUACACAGCAUACCGAUGCAAGCAGCUAGGAGACAUGUCUCUAUCGGCCUUGGCCACACACUGCCCUCUGCUGGUGAAGGUGCAUGUGGGCAACCAGGACAAACUGACAGAUGAAGCACUUAAAAAGCUUGGAGAGCACUGCAGUGAGCUGAAGGACAUCCACCUUGGUCAGUGCUACAGUAUCACGAAUGAGGGCAUGGUGGCCUUGGCUAAAGGUUGCCCUAAACUGCAGAGACUCUACCUGCAAGAGAACAAACUGCUGGGGGCCAAAUCAGCCCAGGGCUACAGAUAA